UGUGACGUCACAUCUUUGCGCCGCGAUCCUUCAUUAGUGAUUCGGUUGAGCAAAUGUUUUUUAUUUUAAUGAUUUAGUGAUUAAUACAAUGCUAACUGUUUUGUUCGUUUCAUAGAAUAAACUGUUAUUAAAUGUAAGACCAUAAUGCUUUAGCUAUUAAUGAACGUUAUUUUUGUAAAUACAACCACACUUAUCAUAACAGGUGCGUCUCAUUUCAGCUUGUCUGAAGUAAAUAUUAAGGGUUUCUAUAUUUUGUGCCCUUCUGUUAAUUUAUAGUUACAGUUUUGAGUGUUUAAGGCUAAUCGGGGCAAUUGAAUAACACUCAAUAGGGACCUGAUUGAGAUCGGGAUUUUAUCAGUUAAUUAUUCUAAUCUUAUAACGUUGCAGGACAAAUUGUCUAAACACAGAGGGAAAACUCCUGGAGAUGCGACUGAGCUCUCCAUGUGACACAUCAUUAUAAAAAUGGCGCUUAUUAAAGAGGAGAGUGAAGAUGUGAAGAUUGAAGCAGCAGUCCGAGUGAAACAGGAAGAUAUCGAGACACAAACAGACCCAAUGGCUUUGAAAAAGGAAAGCCAAGAACUGAAUAAAAUGGAAGAGAAUCAGUAUGACAGAGAUCAGGAUUUUAUAACUGGAGAAAAAUCCACACAAAAUGAAAAGACUUCCCCACAAAAAAGAGCUCAAAAGACUGAAUCUACCAGUUAUUUUACAUGCUGUCAUUGUGGAAAGACUUACAGUCAAAAACAAAACCUUGAUGUCCACAUGAGAAUUCACACUGGAGAGAAGCCUUUCAGCUGCCAACAGUGUGGAAAGAGUUUCACUCAAAAACAAUACCUUAAAAUCCACAUGAGGGUUCACACUGGUGAUAAACCUUAUACUUGCACUCAGUGUGGACAGAGUUUUACACAAAAAGGAAACCUUAAUGCCCACAUGAGAGGUCACACUGGAGAGAGUCCUUACACCUGUGGACUGUGUGAGAAGAGCUUCUCACGAAAAGAACGUCUUAAGACUCACAUGCGAAUUCACACUGGAAAGAAGCCGUUCAUAUGUGACCCAAUGGCUUUGAAAAAGGAAAGCCAAGAACUGAAUAAAAUGGAAGAGAAUCAGUAUGACAGAGAUCAGGAUUUUAUAACUGGAGAAAAAUCCACACAAAAUGAAAAGACUUCCCCACAAAAAAGAGCUCAAAAGACUGAAUCUAACAGUUAUUUCACAUGCUGUCAUUGUGGAAAGACUUUCAGUCCAAAACAAAACCUUGAUGUCCACAUGAGAAUUCACACUGGAGAAAAGCCUUUCACCUGCCAACAGUGUGGAAAGAGUUUCACUCAAAAACAAAACCUUAAAGUCCACAUGAGGGUUCACACUGGUGAUAAACCUUAUACUUGCAUUCACUGUGGACAGAGUUUUACACAAAAAGGAAAUCUUAAUAACCACAUGAGAGGUCACACUGGAGAGAGUCCUUACACCUGUGGACUGUGUGAGAAGAGCUUCUCACGAAAAGAAAGUCUUAAGACUCACAUGCGAAUUCACACUGGAGAGAAGCCGUUCAUAUGUGGUCAGUGUGGAAAGAGUUUCAGAUGUAAAGAAAAGCUUAAUUGUCACAUGAGGAUUCACUAGAGAGAGAACAGUUUUAUGUCAUCAUUGUGGAAAGAGUUUUCCUGACAGGAACCACCUCAGAAAUCAUGUACAGUAGUUGGCCAGCCUAUCUGGGCUUUACCGCCGCACGUGCCGCCGGUGCCGCGGCGGUAACUGUAAUUCAGUCGCGUGUUAAAAUCAUUCGCGAAACUACCGCCAGGUGGCGCAAAGGGACGGAUUGCGAAAUGAAUG